AUGCCUUUGCUUGGAGUCUUCCAUGAUGAUGACCUGCCUGGCAGCUCUUCACAUGCAUACCUAAACGUUGGGCUUGAAAUUGAGGUCCUGCUCCGCCCAAAAGACAGGGACUCGUCCGGACAAAGUCUUCACCUGCUCACCGAACAUUUGCCAAUGAACCAUAAUACCACGAUCCCCAAAGGACAAAGAAAGAUGCACUCGGAUCCACGUGGAAACUGGGAGGGUGAAAGAUUUGCGGAAUGGUCACUGACGGUAGAUGAGAGCAUUAAAGGCGGCGACGAGGUCAAGAAUAUCUACGGCAUAGAGAUCAUAUCACCGAUUAUGAAAUUCGACGAGUCUAACACGUAUCAAACCGAGGUCCGAGGCAGGUCAUCUAUUCAUCAAAGUCUCACUCAAACAUGGGGCCAGGAUCUCAACAUUCCCGAGCAAUGGGGCUUCUUGCACAACCAGGUCACCCCCUUCGCCCUCGACACGCCAGAUGGGGAGACGCUGCAUGCUUGGCACAUCCUGCCGAUGGGGCUCUAUCGUCGGCACCAAGAAGGGAUCCUGGAGGAGCCGUCCGGACUUGCACCCAGCUUCAAGCAGAGGCUGGCAUUUGAGCUCCUGCGAGGCGAUCCUGAGUCGUUGCUGGUUCUGUACCUGCACGGCGCCGGAGGAACCUUGGGCUCAGGUCACAGACCAGCCAGCUACCGGGCUGCAUCUGCUGGUGCACCAGAUAGGAUUCACAUCGUGGCCGUGGACUACCGCGGGUUUGGCCUGAGCACCGGGACCCCUUCUGAACAUGGGCUGCUGACGGAUGCCACGACCUUGGUCGACUGGGCCAUGGCCGAAGCUGGCAUCCCAGCACAUCGAAUCAUCGUCUGGGGCCAGUCUCUGGGCACUGCAGUUGCUACUAGUCUGGUCCACCACAUGGCUCUUCGCCAUGGGCCAGUCCUCUUCUCGGGACUUGUUCUCGUCGCGCCCUUCGCCGACGUGCCCUCGCUCACGGCUACCUACAGUAUCGCGGGCAAAAUCCCUGUUCUUGGUCCCAUUGCACGCUUUCCUCUCGUCUUCGAUUUCCUCAAUACGUUCAUACUGGACAAAUGGCCGACCAAAGAGAGGCUGGCUGGCUUUGUUCGACAAUGUGAGGCCCUGCCGGUCGAUUCAAAGACGUACCACAUCUCCAUCAUUCACGCAAAAGACGACCUCGCCAUACCGUGGCAUCACAGUGAGCAAUUGUUCUGGCACGCCGUGAACGCGUCCUUGCCUGCCGGUAUUAGCUUUGAAGAGCUUGACGAGCAGAAGGAAGCUGCGAGGGUGCACGUGGACGCAGGGGGCUGGUCUGUCACACACGGGUCGAACAAAGGCGACACCAGAGAGCACAUCACCCAGUACGGUGUGCACGACAAGAUCAUGGGGUAUCCAGUCGUAAGCCUGGCCGUACUGAAGGCAUUCGGAAUCUAG